AUGGUCUUGUACACUCUGAAGGAGAACCAGCUAUACACCAAGUUAAGAAAGUGUGAAUUCUGGGAGGAAGAAGUGAAAUUCCUAGGACAUGUAGUGAAGGCAGAAGGAAUAGUGGUCGAUCCAGUUAAAGUAGAAGCAAUAUCUAGGUGGGAGCAGCCCACUACAGUUGCUGAAGUCCGAAGUUUCCUACGUAUGGCUGGGUACUACAGACGCUUUAUCAAGGAAUUCUUCAGAAUCACGCGACCACUCACUCAACUGACAAAGAAGAGCGCCCAAUUCACAUGGGAUGAGAAUACAGAAGCAGCAUUCCAAGAGCUAAAGAUCAAAUUAACUUCUGCGCCAAUGCUCACUCUCCCACAAGAAGGGGAAAAGUUUAUGGUGUAUAGUGAUUCUUCAAAGUUGGGUCUUGGCUGUGUUUUGCUGCAGAAUGACAUGGUGAUUGCUUAUACCUCUCACCAGCUGAAGAAACAUGAAGAGAACUACCCGACUCAUGACCUGGAGUUGGUAGCGGCAGUCUUUACCUUAAAGAUAUGGAGUCAUUACCUAUACAGAGAGGAUUUUCAGUUAUUCUGUGAUCAUUAG